GGGCUAAACUAAAACCACUCUGCAUUUCCAUAUCCCCAAUUCGCGGGAAGUUUCGAAGGGAAAGAGUGAACGGUCAGCUUCUAUGGCAGCUCGUUGCAAUUCUUUUCCUUUCUCUUGCAGAACAUGCCGCGCCGGAGCUAGAAGUGGCCCCUUGUCCUUACUGUUAUCUUUGCGUCUCAUCAUCUCAUUUCCUCUGUUCCCAACUGGCCUCCAUCCUGAUACGUUAAAGCUCUCCUCACGCAGGUGGAAUAGGGUGGUUUCUGCUCUGGUUUCUGAAGAGACUGCUAUUGGGUCGAGGUUUUCUGGCACUGAUGCAUUCAAACUCACUUACUUAGAGCUGACACAAGGUCCGGGGAGGGAAUUCUUCGUCUCUUCACUGAAAAAAUCUCAGUUCCAGAAGCUUCUUCUUCCCGUUCUUUGCUUCCGUAGUGUUUGGUUAGCUUCAAUGGAGGAGGUUGAGGGAGAUUCAAGAACCGCACGAGAUAAAGACGAUGAUACUCAGAUCAAGAAUGUUGACAGCAGUAAGAAGAAGCGGAGGAGGAGGAGGAAGAAGGUUUCGCGGUGGCUCAGAUUUGGAUGCUUGAAAAUGGAAUCUGACGAGGGAGGUGGAGUUGAUUUGGAGGUUGAUUUCGAAGGAAAGCGUGGCGAUCCUACGCACCUCGUUAUCAUGAUUAACGGAAUCCUUGGCAGUUCUCAGAAUUGGAAAUAUGCUGCAAAGCAGUUCUUGAAGAAGUAUCCACAGGAUCUUAUUGUUCACUGCAGCAAAAGCAAUUGUAACAUCUUGACACUUGAUGGCAUUGAUGUAAUGGGAGAACGAUUGGAAAAUGAGGUUGUAUCAGUUAUAAAACACCAUCCAAGUCUUCAGAAGAUUUCAUUUGUAGGCCAUUCAUUAGGUGGCCUGGUAGCAAGGUAUGCCAUUGCACGGCUCUAUGAACUAGACAUCACAGGGGAACGUUUUCAAGGAAACGGAGCUUGUGGGGAUGAUCAUCAGGGAGAUUCAUGGCCAGAAGAGAAAUUCAAAGACAAAAUUGCUGGACUAGAACCCGUGAACUUCAUAACUUCUGCAACUCCUCAUCUUGGUUCACUGGGGCACAAACAGGUUCCGAUGCUUUGUGGAUUUCAUACACUGGAAAAAGUUGCUGCUCGUACAUCUUCGUUUCUUGGUAGAACUGGAAAGCACUUGUUUCUGACUGACAGAGAUGAAGAAAAACCACCUCUUCUUCUUCAGAUGGUCAGAGAUUGUGAAGAUCUUAAAUUUAUCUCUGCAUUGCGGUCCUUCAGACGUUGUGUUGCAUAUUCAAAUGCGCGUUUUGAUCAUAUUGUAGGAUGGAGUACAUCAUCUAUACGACAUCAGAAUGAGCUCCCAAAGAUUAAACAUCUCAAAGGAGCUGAUAAAUAUCCACAUAUUAUAAAUGAAGAGGUAUCAAAAAUUUCUGCUUCUGAUGAAGAACCAUUGGAGGCCAAAAUCAAUGGAUGCAAGAAAUUAAGCAUGGAAGGUUUGCUUCUUAAUCUCUUUUCUUUGAACUAAUUACUUUGCUUUUUUACUUUGGCAAAAAGGUUUGUCAUAUUGUCUAAAACUGGAUAAUUACUGAUAAUCAUAAAUAGAUUGGAUAGUGAUAAAUCAUUUUCCUUAGACAUUUAAGGCUGUUUGUUUGUUUUAGGUUUGGAUUACUGAACUUGGCUAUCAACUUAUACUUUACAUGUCAUCACUUUUUUGAUGGAAAUGAUCAUAUGUGUAAAACAGUCUGAAGACUGUUAUAGCAGACUCUCUAGGUUUUUGGAAGUUUCACAAAAUAAAAACUCAUUAAGUGAUGGGGAAGAGUUGAAGGUGAAUUUUAAAUUCUAAAUUUCUAAUUAAUGAAAAUGUUUAUUUUUAAUGCCAGCAGAUGAAUGAACUCAACAACUUCUAUUAACUUUAUGUCUAUAGCAUUUUUACAUAUAUCCAGAGCUCUAGUUAAGUGUAG